UGACUUUUAUCCAUAUAUUCGGCACUACUUACUCUCCAAAUCGAAAGUGCUAAUUAGUAUCAAAGUAGACAUAAUGCAAUACUACAAAUCCCUGCGAGCUCCUGCCCGCCAUCCCUAGCUGACACCUUCCUAACAGAUAGUGUCAAUUUAAAACGUGCACAAGGCAGUUCACAGAAUUGCCAAUUUAAAUAAAUGUAGCUAAUUUAUUAAUUACAAAAUGUAGCUAACAUUAGAUAGUUAAUCCAGAGAUUCUUACCUUUGUCUCGGGUCAUCAGUCUCGUCCAGAUCAUCAUGGCAUUUGUAGUUCUUUAUGAUAGCCUAACUAGCGUUUCAUUUUUGUCGGGGUAAAUUCAGGCGAAUAUACUGAUAAAAAUCACCUUGUCCUAGAGAGAUUUAGUUGGUUAUCAAAACGUCACGCCAGGGUAAGUCUACACAAAACUUAGUCCUCAUUGGAACAAUUUCCUUGUUUGACCGCUAGGUUUUAUGGGUGUUGUGACUCAUACUGCUGUACUCUAUGAAUUCAUACCUCCGAAUAGUAGGCUGAUACAUAGGCAAUACAGUAGGUGGCGGCAUGUACUUAUUACAUCUGUUUGCUGACAGUCAAAAUACCAAAAAAGAAGAAGUAGAAUUGUUAGCUGGUGUGUAUGUGCUAUAUGUUGUUUUUGUUUGCGUUGUUGUGCGAACUCCGUGUUGAGCAGCGGCGGAAGAGAGAGGUAAUAACGGAGGCAGAACCCGUGGACAAACAGCCAAGAUGGACCUGGAGGAGGUGCAGGACAAACGCUCCCUCUCUGAAUGCGAUAAGAGGAAGAAGGCAAUGCAACCUGAGAACAGCAGCGUUGUUCAAGAUGAUAAUGGAAAGGAAGCAGGAAAAAUGAAUUCUGAUGGAGAAUUUCAGGCAUGUGGCAGCAACAAUUCAUUUCUAGAUUCCAUCUUUGAAGAGGAGUUGGAUCGACUUUUGGACCUAGAUAAGAAUGAAGACCUUCCUUAUCUGACAGAACCUUCAGAGGCUAUGGAGGGGGAAGAAUCCCCUCCCAAUGGAACAGAAGUUACAGAAACUAUAGUGGAGGGUGAAUACCCUCCAGAUGGGACAGAAGUUACAGAGACUAGAGGGGGAGAUGACUCUCCUCCAAUUAGGACACGGCUCAGGGUAAGGGGCAUCUCCUCUCGCCCUAAGAUCGAAGCUUCAGAGUCAAGUGAGGAAGAUGGAGAAGACCUUCCCCCUGAUACAGAAGUAAUUGAGAGCAGGGCUUCAAAAAGAACAAAACUCACCUCUAGCCCCAAAGCAGCACCGCAAAGGAAGGCCAGGCCUCCAUCCUCUCCCCCCUGGACACCCAGCCCUGCCAAAUCCAAAAACAGAGCUCAUGCAGCCACACCUCUUUUCAGUGGGUCAAAGAGGAAGUGGAGGACUGAGGAUGAACCAGACCAAGAGCAUAAAUGGUUACCUUUCGAACCAGCUAGGACUCCUGGACCCCAGCUAGACACUUCAAAGAACUACACUGUUCUAGAGCUCUUCCAGCUCUUCUUCAGUAAUGCUGUUGUUGAUACACUCUGCUCAAACACCAACAAGAAUGCCAAGAGAAGACAAGAACAUGGAAUCAAAGAACCAUGGAAACCUGUAUCUGUGGAGGAAAUGUACAAAUACCUCAGCAUUGUAAUCUAUAUGGGUCUGCUGAAUGUACACACUGUAUCAGACUACUGGAAUCGAAACAGAAUAUAUUGCCUUCCUUUUUGUUGUACAGUCAUGACUAUGACAAGAUUUCGGGCAAUCACCUAUUCACUGCACAUGAGUGACCCAGCAGAGGAUGAGGAAAACGACAAGAAGAAGGGGACUGCGGACUAUGAUCGGCUCAUGAGAAUCAAACCUCUAAAAGACCAGAUAUUGGCAGCAUGCAGAGCCUUCUACCACCCAUUCCAGAACCUUUCCAUUGAUGAGCGCAUGGUGCACUCCAAGGCCCGCCACAGCCUCAAACAAUACAUUAAAUCCAAGUCCUACAGGUAUGGAUUCAAGCUGUAUGUUUUAGCAGAUUCAAGAAAUGGCUACACCUGCGACUUCAAUGUCUUUAUGACCAAAAACCAAUCUGCUUCAGGCAAAGGGGAGAGCUAUGAUGUUGCCAUGAACCUGUUGAAGGUGCCUUACUUGGGCACAGGAUACCACAUUUAUGUUGAUAACUUCUUCACCAGCACAACUUUCUUCCGUGACCUGUACAAAAAGAAAUUGGGAGCAUGCGGAACCAUACGUGAAAUCCGUGUGGGCAUCCGAGAGAACAGCAUGCCUGCUCGAGCAGAGAAGGGAACCAUCCGCUGGCUCCGUGAUGGGGAGCUGCUCUUCACCAAGUGGAUGGGCGCACAACCAGUCACCAUGUGUACCACCAUUCAUAAGGCAUUCGCAGGGGAGCAGGUCAAAAUCAGGAAACAGAGCAAAAAUGGAUCCUGGACAACACAGUGCAUACCCGUCCCAGAGGCAAUCAAGCCGUACAACAAGUAUAUGGGGGGUGUGGACCUGUCUGAUUCCCUUAUCAAAUGCUACAGUGUGGCCCACAAAACCAUGAAGUGGUACAAGACCUUCUUCUUCCACUUUAUAGACAUUGCUGUGGUGAACAGCUUCCUCCUGCAGAAGGACAUGGCCCAGAUGAAGAAGAAAAAGCCCAUGACCCACAAGCAGUUCAGGGAGCAGCUGUGCCUGCAGCUUGCUGACAUUGGUAAGCAGGAGGAGGCUGAAGAAGAGUCUUCAGAGGAGGAGGAGGAGGAGGAGGAGGAGGAAGAACAACCAGAAGAAGAGAAGGAAUUGGUGGAAGUGAAGCGACCAUGCUACCCUGUACCCAUAAUUGAUCCUACCACUGUUGACUCCUCUCAAAGAAAAUCUAGCGGCAGGAAGAAAUGUUGUCUGUGCAAGGAAAGCCAGACCAACUGGCAGUGUGAGUCCUGUCAGGUAGCACUCUGUAUGAUACCAGACAGAAACUGCUUCAGAGUUUGGCACAUGAAUAAAAAGGAUCUCGUAGAAGAAGUUUUCAAGAGGCAUAUAAAGUACAACCCAUACCCUACCCAUCCUUGGAUGGAAUAUGGGGGGAAAAAAAUUGAGUUCAAGUCUCAAAAACAGGCCCAGAGUUUCAUUAAAUGCCAUUUUGGCUUGAGGAACAACAGGCAGUAAAACUAUUUUGCUAUCCUGUGCGCACUAAUGAUCAAACCACUAUUGACAUCUCUCAAAGAGAAAUCGUGGGCAGGAAGAACUGUUGUCUGUGCAAGACCAACUGGCACUGAGUCCUGUCAGGCGCUGCUCUGUAUGAUAGAAGACAGGAACUGCUUCCGGUUCUGAGGAUGGCAUAGGGCUCAAUAGAAUGUCUCUGGCACAACUUUUCAGUUCCCCUGAUAAUAUCAGUGGUCUCAAGUGGGAUGAUGAUUAUGGUAAUGAUUAUUAUUAUUAUUAUGGUUAGGCUUAUUAUUUGUAUUGUUUUAUUAUUUUAGUUUAUUCUAUUAAUAUUUGUGCCCAUGAAUGAUCCCAGCACUCUUAAAAUCUCUCACAGAUGUACUGUACACAUGAAGUGUCAUUUGUGCAAUGAUUAUUUAGAUUAUUUUGCAGAGUUAGUCUUGCCAGAAACUGCUUCAAAAUAUGGAAUGUGAUUAAAGACAAUGAGCAGACUGA